AUGCGGGCGGUCCUCGUGGAAGCGUCGCCUCCCUCGCGGCUGCAUGCAGCCACGAAGGGCGCAGCGAAGCCAGCCUUUCGGCUCGUCCUCGGGUCCGCUGCGAAGCCUACACCCAAAAAGGAGAAGAAGGAAAUUCUCAUCCAGGUGAAGGCUGCGGGCGUGAACCGCAUGGACCUUUUGCAAAAACGAGGAAAAUACCCCCCGCCGCUUGGUGCCUCGCCUAUCCUCGGACCAGAGGCAGCCGGAAUUGUGGCGUCCUCCGGAAACCGCUUUCGCGAGGGCGAUCGAGUCAUGGCGCUUCUUCUAGGAGGCGGCUAUGCAGAAUACGUCGCCGUGGAGGAGGGUUUGUGCAUGCCGAUUCCUGACUCCCUCUCAUUUGCGCAGGCUGCGGCUAUCCCCGAGAACUGGUUGACUGCGUACCAGCUCUUGCAUUUCGUUGCGGGGGUCGGCACUGCUCUUGUCCAGCUGAGCAGCCUCCUCGCCAUUCCCACCGUUAUCGCCUCCGCGGGCUCGGACGAGAAACUGCGACUCUGUCGAGCCCUCGGGGCUACCCACGUGAUCAACUAUCGGGCGCUAGAAGGGAAGUUUGCGGAGGAAGUUUCGAAGGCGACGAACGGCGACGGUGCGGACCUGCUGCUCGAUCCCGUCGGCGCCUCGUUCAUGAAGGAGAACGCGAAAUGCUGCGCUGUGGAUGCGAGCUGGGUGCUCUACGGAGGCCUGGGAGGGGUAAAGGUUCCCGAGUUCGACUUCCAGCCUUUUUUUGCGAAGCGCAUUCGCCUCCUCGCCUCCACCCUCCGGAGCCAAGACCUGAGCUACCGGGAAAUGCUGGUGAAAAGCUUCGAGGUGGCCGUUCUGCCUAAACUCGCCGACGGCUCUCUCAAAGUGAUUCUCGACUCGACGUACCCGGCCAGCGAGGCAGAUCAGGCCCACGAGAGACUGGAAACGAACGCGAACUGCGGGAAAGUGGUUUUGACCUUCGACGAGCCGGUAGGCCUGUAG